AGCAUGUCAGAGUGAGUCAGUGUGGGGAGGCAGUAGCAGUUCUGUCUCAAAGAGAGCGAGCAGACAGAUAGAACAAGGCAUUAUGCAGCUAGUACUAUAUUAUCCAGUUAUACACUAGGUAUGCAAGAGGACAGGGAUACUACAAGGAUAACCCUAAGACAUUAUUCAGCUAGUACAGUAGGACAGAAGAACUGACUAGACAGGACAAAGGAGACUGUUGAUUGUAGACAGAUAUGCAGCUUGUUUCAGUGAUGUAACUACCAGAUCACUAUCAUCCAACCCUCUCAGUCUACUGACUAAAGAGGAGAGAAGAGGAGAGCAAGACAGGAGAGGAGAAAGACUAGAAGGCAGGUUAAAGAGGACUUCUGGCGCAGCAGGUUGGAGGUGUGUGUGUACUAUGGCAGGGGCUCAGCCAGGGACACAUGCUCUGAAGCUCAAACCGCUGACCGUCCCCGAUACUCUGAAGAACGGCAGCCGCUUCAUGAAAUGGGACGAUGAUCUCUCCACAGUGACUCCCAUCACCCCGACUGUGGAUCCACACGGAUACUUUCUUCACUGGACCGAUCAGAACAAGGAGACAGAGUUUUUAGACAUCACCCAUAUAAAGGAUGCCAGAACAGGGAAGAGCACCAAAACACCAAAGGAGGCGAAGCUGCGUGAGCUGCUUGAUGUGGGGAACCUGGUCGGUCGUAUAGAGAAUCGUCUGUUGACCAUAGUUACAGGACCGGACAUGGUCAACAUUACAUACCUCAACUUCAUGGCCCUGCAAGUGGAAGAGGCCACGGAGUGGGCUGAGGAGCUGUUCUCUCUGGCCUCCAACCUGCUGAGUCACAACAUGAACAGAGAAACCAGUCUGGAGAAAGCGUACGUCACAGUGACCUUGCAGCCAAACUCAGAGGGGCGGAUCCCAGUGAAGAAAGCAACUCUAUUCCCCUUGAGGACUUCACCCCUGACGUUUACAGAUCUUUCCUCUCCCACCUAUGUCCUCGGCCAGAACUCAGCUCAGUCUUCUCUCAGCAGUAAGUACUAUCAGUACCUCCUGGCCUCAACUCUAAACCCUGACCCUUUCUCUCCCACAUCUGUCCUCGACCAGAACUCAGCUCAGUCUUCUCUCAGCAGUAAGUACUAUCAGUACCUCCUGGCCUCAACUCUAAACCCUGACCCUUUCUCUCCCACAUCUGUCCUCGACCAGAACUCAGCUCAGUCUUCUCUCAGCAGUAAGUACUAUCAGUACCUCCUGGCCUCAACUCUAAACCCUGACCCUUUCUCUCCCACAUCUGUCCUCGACCAGAACUCAGCUCAGUCUUCUCUCAGCAGUAAGUACUAUCAGUACCUCCUGGCCUCAACUCUAAACCCUGACCCUUUCUCUCCCACAUCUGUCCUCGACCAGAACUCAGCUCAGUCUUCUCUCAGCAGUAAGUACUAUCAGUACCUCCUGGCCUCAACUCUAAACCCUGACCCUUUCUCUCCCACAUCUGUCCUCGACCAGAACUCAGCUCAGUCUUCUCUCAGCAGUAAGUACUAUCAGUACCUCCUGGCCUCAACUCUAAACCCUGACCCUUUCUCUCCCACAUCUGUCCUCGACCAGAACUCAGCUCAGUCUUCUCUCAGCAGUAAGUACUAUCAGUACCUCCUGGCCUCAACUCUAAACCCUGACCCUUUCUCUCCCACAUCUGUCCUCGACCAGAACUCAGCUCAGUCUUCUCUCAGCAGUAAGUACUAUCAGUACCUCCUGGCCUCAACUCUAAACCCUGACCCUUUCUCUCCCACAUCUGUCCUCGACCAGAACUCAGCUCAGUCUUCUCUCAGCAGUAAGUACUAUCAGGGUGCUAAGGGUGCCUACCUGUCGGUGGAUCAAAUGACAGAGUUUAUUAACGAGAGGCAGAGAGAUCCUCGUCUGAAUGAGAUUCUGUAUCCUCCUCUCAGACCCUCUCAGAUACAGACCCUGAUGGAGAAAUAUGAACUCAACCAGAGCCUGCUCAAGCAAGGGCUGAUCACAUUGGAGGGAUUCAGCAGAUACCUGGUGUCUGAUGAGAACGGAGUGAUUCCUCCUGAGAAGCUAGACCAGUCUGAAGACAUGACCUUCCCUCUGUCUCACUACUUCAUCAACUCCUCACACAACACCUACCUCACAGUAACCUGUCCUCUCAGAUAUAACAAGCAGCAGUUGAGUCGUAUUUACCCUAAAGGCACGAGGGUUGACUCCUCCAACUACAUGCCACAACUCUUCUGGAACGCUGGCUGCCAGCUGGUGGCACUCAACUUCCAAACUAUAGACCUGACUAUGCAGUUGAACCUGGGCAUGUAUGAGUACAAUGGGAAGAGCGGCUACAGACUGAAACCAGAGUUCAUGAGAAGACCAGACAAACACUUUGACCCGUUCGCUGAGAGCACCGUGGACGGCAUAGUGGCCAACACUGUCAAGAUAAUCUCAGGCCAGUUUCUGAGCGACAAGAAGGUAGGUGUAUACAUAGAGCUGGACAUGUUUGGUCUUCCUGUGGACACCAGGAGAAAAGCCCUGAAGACCAAGACGUCCCAGAGCAACGCUAUCAACCCAGUCUGGGACGAAGAGCCAAUUAUUUUCAAGAAGGUGGUUCUCCCCACGUUGGCCUCUCUGAGAAUCGCUGCGUUUGAGGAAGAAGGAAAGUUCAUAGGUCACCGUAUUAUCCCUGUGCCAGCCAUACGGCCCGGUUAUCGCUACAUCGGCCUGAGGAAUGAGAAGAACCAGUCUCUGAUUCUGCCUGCUGUGUUUGUCUACAUUGAAGUGAAGGACUAUGUCCCAGACACCUUUGCAGAUGUAAUCGAGGCGCUGUCUAACCCCAUCCGGUAUGUGAAUCUCCUGGAGCAGCGGUCCCAACAGCUGGCUGCUCUCACUCUGGAGGAAGGGGAGGAGGAGACCAGCAAAGAGGUUGAGGCUAAUGCUGAUCAACCCGGGCUUGCUGAGCCAAAAGCCAACCUACGAUCUGCUCCUUUGGAGAAUGGUCACAGCCCCAUCACAGCCCCAAGACAUGGUGCAGAGCGUUCUGAUAGAUAUGGAGGCGGCCACACUAGAGGAGCUCAGGCAACACAAGCUGAUCGUGCGGGAGCAGAAGAGACACUACAGGGAGAUGAAGGAUGUGGUGAAGAGACACCAGAAGAAGACUUUGGAGAUGGUGAAGGAACAGACAACCAAGUACAACCAGGCUCAGAACCAACACACACGCAGACACAACGCUCUCCUGAAGACUAAACAACAUGGUAAGACAAGAAGUUUGUCACCCGGAGGGAAGGCUGAACUGAAGCAGUUUGAUGAGGAUGGAGAGAACAACAACAGCAACAGCUACUGGAGCUGAGACAGGAACAAUACUACAGCGAGAAAUACCUCAAACGAGAACACAUCAAACAGAUGAGUGAGAAACUGACUACGGUGACUGAGGAAAGCCAGAACAACCAGAUGAAGAAAUGAAAAGACAUCUGUGACAAAGAAAAGAAAGACCUGAAAAAGAAAAUGGACAAAAGGAGAACAGAGAAAAUCAAAGAAGCUAUGACAAAACCCUAAAACUUCAAUCAUUAAACCCUCUCCCUGCUGAGGUAGGGUACCAUCCCCCGCCUCAGCCUGGCCCCAUUGUCCAGUGGCAGAGGUCACUUCACACACCUCUGUGUCAGGGUACGACCAGGCUUCCAGGGAGCUCAUUCAAUCAGGGAACCUGGUCAGCCAAUCACAGACCCUAUCUGGUAGGGUAACAGCCCCCCCUUCUAUCAGUACCUCAGUCUCUCACUGCAGCUCCAGGGAUUAACAACAAGUUGACUAACCUGGCUGCUCCAACAUUCAAGGACUCACCUAUGGUCCUCACUCCUUGGCUGCUUAUUCUGUGGACAUUCCAUCACUAGUGUUAGUGCACUGAUGACCAUAAAACCACUCACUAUACACUCCAACUAGUUUUCUCCUCUGUAAAGUCAUGUGUGCCUGUCCUGGGUGUGAAAUAAAGUGUGAAUUGUA